AAACUCAAGGAGGUAUCACCAGACUUUUAGAACAACACUGAUUCGGAUUCCAAACCAUCAGGUAGAAACACACGGGUUUAAGGAUGUGAACCAGCGAGCUCUGAAAGCCGCUGCUCCCCAGAGCAGCCUCCCCAGCGCGUUCAUGGCAUCAGGGCUGGCACAGUUCCACACCCUCAGUGCCGGUGGAGUAAAUCGAGUGUGAGACACUGAGAAUUCUGACACGAAUUUGCGCAGCUGGAGCACACCCCGUCACACGCAGCGGCACAGCCACGGGCAGCCGGCCAAGCUUCCCCGAGUGCUGGGGCAGCGGCCGAUCCCUGCCGCUAAGCCAAGCGGGAAAACUGAUUUCUGUGCCAAGCCAGGGAAUAAUCCAGGUCGUUUGCAGAAAUAAUGGUGAGCUGUGCUAAUAUUUCUGACUCCUCAUACUGUCGCUCCGAAGUAGAACACCCUCGCCCUGUUCCUCCCCUUGGCCUGCAGGGGAGCAGCCGAGUGCAAGGGAGAGGAGGAACUGGGAUCGGACUCUGCUCCCGAGGCUAGGCUGGGUUUGUUCCGGGGCACACUGUGCGUCCUUCUUUACAGGAAACAGGACCUAGGGAGCAGAGAGAAGACUGUUCCUCAUUUGAUUUUAUCAGGCAGGAGAAGGCUUGACUGCUCAGCCCAUCUCAACAUCUGCUGGUGCCAAAAGGAUCCCAGGAGCAGUAUCUGAGGAGGUACCUGAAAGACUCCUGCAGCAGUGAGAGCCUGUACUACAGCAAAUCAGGCACACAGCAAUCAUCUCCUGAGAGAAAAUGUUUGCAGCCUAUUUUGAUUGCCCAGGAGGCCCAGAAAAUCUCUAUAUGAAAGAGGUGAUGAAACCAAAUCCAGGAGAAGGAGAAGUUCUCGUGAAGGUCUCUGCCAGUGCUCUGAAUAGAGCUGAUUUACUCCAGAGGAGAGGGAAGUACCCUCCCCCCAAAGGAGCAAGUGACAUUUUAGGCCUGGAAGCAGCUGGGAGUGUGGCUGGGCUGGGUCCCGGCUGCUCGGGCCGGUGGCAGAUCGGCGAUGCAGUGAUGGCUCUGCUCCCCGGGGGAGGCCAGGCACAGUACGUGACAGUGCACGAAGGCCUCCUGAUGCCAAUUCCCAAAGAUAUGACUUUUAUUCAGGCUGCAGCCAUUCCUGAAGCCUGGCUAACAGCAUUUCAGCUGCUCCAUUUUGUAGGUAAAGUACAGGAGGGUGAGAGAGUGUUGAUCCACGCUGGAGCCAGCGGGGUUGGCAUGGCAGCCAUUCAGCUGGUGAGGCUGGCAAAGGCUAUUCCCAUUGUGACAGCAGGAACUCAGGAGAAACUGGAAGCAACAGCAAAUGCUGGAGCAGCUGCAGGGUUCAACUACAAGAAUGAAGACUUCAGUGAAAAGGUCUUGGAGUUCACCCAAGGUUCUGGAGUAGAUAUAAUUUUAGAUUGUGUUGGGGCUUCAUACUGGGAGAAGAAUCUCAACUGUCUGAGAACUGAUGGCCGGUGGAUUAUCUAUGGACUGCUGAGUGGAGGUGAAGUCCAUGGGGAUUUGCUGUCAAGGCUGAUUUCCAAAAGAGCCAGCAUCCACACAAGCCUGUUACGGUCCCGAGACAAGGAGCACAAGCAGCGGCUGGUCAGAGCCUUCACCGAGCAGGCGCUGCCCCAUUUUUGCGGAGGGGCUGCCCCACGCCUGCGGCCCGUGGUGGACAGCGUCUACCCCCUGCACGCCAUCGCCGAGGCACACAGGGCUAUGGAGGAAAACAGGAACAUCGGCAAAAUCGCCAUCGAGAUUCCCGCGUGCGUCAAGAAAGGGCCGCCGCAGUAGCCGCUCUGCGACAGUCACUGCGGGGGCUGCACUGCGGCCAUCCUGCCGCUCCUGCUCCACACCGGCACCGAUUCGUGGGCGUGGCGAGGAGGGGAAAAGGAUAAGGAGGAAGCAUUUAUUAAAGAGGCUCCUGUCGCAA